ACUCUGCGCCAUCUGAGCCACGCCUGAAGCUCCGGUUAGCAUGCUAACAACAACAACAACAACCAGCGGACCUGUUAGAGGACCAGGGUCCGAGUCCACGGCCCUCACAGAACCACAUCCGGUCUGUUUGGACCGGACUGUUCUGGUCCCGGUUAACCCAGAUUAUCCUCAGAUUAGACCCUCAGAUUUAGACUCACCAGACCAUCCCGUAGGCUCCCUCCCCGAUGUAGGACAGGUUGGUGUACCGGGGGCCCACGUCAAAGUUCUGACCCUUCACGGUCUCGGUCUUGGUCGGUACCGCCGCAGCAGCGGUGCUCGGACCGUCGGCCGCAGUCUUCCCCGCCGCCCCGGCAGCAGCAGCAGUUGCCCCGGCCCCGGAGGAGGGCUCGGCCCCGGCCGCUGCGGAGCUGCUGGAAUCCGCCAUUCAGAGACUCAGGGACGGACGUCCGCCGCUGUCAGCCCGGAGCACCGACGGAGGGACAGGGACACACCGACAGGAACACACCGACAGGGAGGUUCAGUUCACGGGGACAGACUCGGGCUGGGCCUCACCGACCGGACACUAAAUGGAUUUCGUGCGCGAGCGCGGAUUUGGUCUCAGCAGUGAGCGUAAAUGCGCGUGCCAAACUACGGUAACACACACGCGCUUCAUUUGUCUACCGGGGUAUUUGGACGGGCGGGGUCUUAUCAGCAGGCACGAGGCACCGCCCGCUCGGAUUGGUCAUGACAAUUAAACAAGCGCGAGCCUGCAGGAUAAACACGCAGCAGACACGAGUGGGCGUGUCGAGGGGGAGCUCCACGCUGCCUGUUAAAACACGAAAAAUACACGAAAUUAUCCGGUUGGAGUUGAACUUUAACCCUAAAACUCCAACAUCAGUAACAGCAUCACUGUUCUUACCUUUAAAUGAUAUAACCAAGAAAAAGUCAAAUAUAUCAGGACAAAACAUGAUAAAUUAAAGUAGAUUUCUUUGAUCUUUAAAUGUCCAAAGUGACAUGAGGGGACCAUAUAAAAAUACAACAAAAUAACUGAAAUAAGACAGAUUUAGACAACAAAUAUCUAAAAUAAAAUUAAAUAAAUUAAUAUAUCAACUGUAAACUUAGUUUCUCCCCCCCCCCAUUCCUGGGGCAUGUCAUAAUAAUAAUAAUAAUAAUAAUAAUAAUAAUAAUAAUAAUAAUAAAAAUAAUAAAUUAAUGUACAGAUCAAGAUUAAAACAAACUGAAUUAACAGGAUAGUUUCGUAGAAAAAAUAACAAAAAAUAUAUAAUUUUCAGAUUAUUAUUUCGUUAAUUAAAAAAACAUUCUUGAGUUCAGUACUUUUUUAUUAUUUUACUAUUUUGUGUUGUAUAUAGCAUACACAUUGUAUAUUGUUAAACUGUAAACAUAUUAUAUAUUUGGAUUAUCUCUUUAUUUUUACGUAUUUUAUCUCUUAUUUAUCUCCUCUUACUACUUUAUUUGCACCGGAGUUACAGAUUAUUUAAGUAUUUCUGAUUCUGAUAUUUUUAUGUAAUUUUUAUUUUUUGUGUUGUUUUUUUUUAUUGUAAUUUAAUCAAAACAGAGAAAAAAACAUCACCUUGUUUCUUCUUGGAUUAAUUUUUAAUAAUUUAUUCAUAAACUCGUUUUUUAAAGAUUCAUCUAAAGAAAUGAAACAAGAUGUCGGAAAGGUUAGCGCAAUAACAGGAUUUAAUCACCAUGGAAACGACAGCCGUAACCGCACCCCUCUGCUUGCGUCAUGACGCCGGGCGGUGGACUUCCUGGUUACAGUGCGGCUGCAUGUUGUGUUUUGGAUUGAUUGAUCGGUUUGAGGUAAUGGUUCAUUUUCUCCUCAGGUCGAACUGGAUCGGCAAGAUUCGUCUCACGCUCACUCUCCUCGGACUCCCGUUGACCGUCUGCUCCCCCGGACUGAGGUUUGGACCGGAACCAUCGAUGAUUAUAGAUAUAUAACGAGUUAGAAGCUGCAUGAUCGUUAGAGUAGAGAGUUUAGAUCCAGAGAGGAGAGUGAAAAUGGAGACAGGGGGAGUCUGAGACAGAUUAAACUAAAGACAGAUUUAACUUUAUGUUUGGAUCCAGCUGACUCUUUUAGUAUUAUUAUUGUUACAAUUAUUUUAUUAUUUUUAUUAUUAUUAUAUUAGAUAUAAAAUCAAACUUCAUGUAGAAAAAUCAACAUGAGCUAAAACUGUUGGUCAGAUUUGACAGAUGAUACUGAUGUGGACCGGGUUCUGGAGGGUUCUGAAAGGUUCUGGUUCCUCCUGUUUUCUCAUGAGGCGCCGGAGUGAAAGCAGUGCAUGCUGGUUGUUGUUGGACCGACCCGCUGCAGAGAAAGCAGAGUCUGAUGUUUGUCUGGUGUUCCUCCUCCUGCAGGUCCACCCUCACCUGUUCCUCCUCGUAUCCCUUCAGAUCCAGUCAGACCAUCAGACCCGUCUCCUCCAGCCUCUGUAACCUCUACCUGACCAGCGUUCGGACCAUGCCGUCCUCUGCAGCGCCUCAUGUCAAGUCCAGGUGCCCUCAGUAUCCCGGGUCUAAAAUCAAGCGCUUCGUGGUCCCUGAUGAUAAAGUGGACUGGGGUCAGAGCUGGCCUCAGUAUAGUCCUGUCAGCCACACUGACCCGUCGGUUCUGAAGAAGCCGGUGUGGGCUGACCCUGAUAUCGGGUGAGUGACACUUAUAUUUCCUGGUCUGUUUCAAAGACGCUGUUUGUCCUCAGAGUCGAUUCUUCCCGUCCUGAUGUCCUCGAGGGUCAGUUUUUAAAUCCUGGUCCUAACUUUUAGAGCUCCACAUGGUCAGGCUCCAUCUUUAUGAUCUGAUCCAGCCUUACACCCCCCCUCGGGCUCUGAGGUCCGUGGAUCAGAAUCUGCUGAUGGUUCCGUUCACUCGUUUUCGGACCAGAGGAGACCGAUCCGUCCAGGCUCCUUUAACUCCAGCCUGAUUUAUCUGCUCAGGCGUUUGUUGAACGGUUUUUGGGCUGAUGUGACUCUUUAAUGUUGUUGUCUUGGCCGAAAUAAAGUUUACUCACUUCCUUCCUUCCUCUGCUGGUCUGCAGCUCCUUCUCUCCUCAGUUCAACGCGGUGGACGGCGGCGUGGACAGGACCAGCUUUGACGGCAGCUACAAGAAGGAGAAGGGAAAGCCGCUGUGAGUUACAGAAAACUUAUUAUUAUUAUUUAUCAAACUGUUAAAGCUCACAAACCAUCGUCUCCACAAGUCGUCCUUCAGGUCGUUAUCUUUGUAAUGUUCUCUGACACGGAAACAAUCAGCCGGUCGGCCAUGUUGGAUAUACCGGUAAAUCUGAAGGAAAACAGACGCUGCAUUAAAUAUGAGUGUCAGAGAAGUUCCUGAGUGAAGCUUUAACACUAAUGUACACAGAUGUUAGGAUGACGGUUAAACAGCUUCAGAGAUGGUUUAACAGGCCCGACCCGAGACCAGAAUCUCUGCUUUAAGUGGUUUUAAUGGAUCGUAGAUGAACAACAACCACAGAGAGUCCAAACCUUUAUAAAGACAAACUAAAGGAGCCUGUUGGUUCAUUUACUGUUGAUGUUUGAUUUUGAUUUUUGCCUUUAAUGAACAUUUUAAACUGUCAGGACGAAGUGAGCGCCGAACCGGGUCAAAAAACCAGGAAUGGUAGAAAGUGAUCAGGGGUCAGAGGUCAGAUUACAUCAUAAAUAGCUGAUUGUUCGGGUUGUUAGAGGGCAAAGGUCACAGUAAAAGUCUGCGGUUUAUCUGAGACUCAGUGAGAAUCAUGGAUUUGACUCGUCCUCAGACUGUCCCGGAUUAGUUUUGACCAGUUUGAUUAUUUAUUCAUUCAUGUUCAGUUUGUUCAUUUCAGUGUUUAAUGGAAUAACGUGUAUCAUGGACUCCUCUGUGAAUCUUUACACACAGUCUGUGAACAAACAGGAGCAGGAUGAAGAAGAGCUCUGUACCCGCCCCUUUUUAAUAACAACAGGAAGUACCGUUAAUACCAAACCAGGCAGCUAACCAAUCAGUGAUCAUCGUUUCUGCCCACAAAUAUCGUCAAUAUAUUAGUUCUUUAUAUUGAUCAACGUUAUCCAGAUCAUUUCACUGUUUUAUCUUCAGUUUAUUUUGUGAAUUUUACGUCUUCAGCUCCAUUUUCUGAUCGCACUUUUAUUUACCCAGAAAUCCUCGUGGUCGCACCGGAGUGACCGGCAGAGGUUUGUUGGGACGCUGGGGACCGAAUCACGCCGCAGAUCCCAUCGUCACCCGGUGAGUUUGACCCUGAACGCAGAAACCUGAGAACCAUUUUUAAUAAGACAGAAAAUCAGGUGAACAUGACUGAUGACCUGAUGUUUCUCAUCGUCGUUCAGGUGGAAAGUCGACGCCAAAGGAGCGAAGAUGAACCACCCCGUCUCCAAACGGCCCAUCCUGCAGUUUGUGUCCAUCAAGAGGAAAGACUGUGGGGAGUGGGCCAUUCCUGGGGUGGGUGACUUUCAUAUGUUCUAUAAUAAUCUGGGUUGGUUUUAGUCCUGUGUGUAAAAAUGUCCCUCCUCUGUUUCCGUAGGGGAUGGUGGACCCGGGGGAGCAGGUGUCUCUCACGCUGCAGAGGGAGUUCUCAGAGGAAGCCUUAAACUCACUGACUCUCCCGCAGGCAGAGAAAGCCAAAAUCCACGAACGCAUCACCAAACUCUUCAAAUCCUCGGGGUUUGUGGUCCGUAUCAGACGUCGUCCUCCAUGUUUACUGUCUCGGUUUCAUCCACAGGUGAUCGUCCCCGCUGAGCUGAACCUUCUCUGUGUCUCUGUCAGGUCUAUAAAGGCUACGUAGAUGAUCCCAGAAACACCGACAACGCUUGGAUGGAGACAGUCGCCGUGAACUUCCAUGAUGAAUCAGGUGAAGAUGAUGUUUCUCCUCUUACUUAAAGAUGCUUCAGCUCCUGAAGGAUGAACAGGUUUAUUCCAGGGCUAAAAAAAGGUCCUUUCUCCCUCUCUGAUCAGGUAACAGUGUGAGCGAGCUGCCUCUGCAGGCCGGAGAUGAUGCCGGACAGGUCAAAUGGGUCGACGUUGACUCGUCCUUCCCGCUCUACGCCAGUCAUUCCCGUUUCCUGGAGCUGGUGUCCAAAGAGAGGAAAGCCCACUGGUAACCAGUGAGGAGAGACUCUGACCCACCGAUGAAGGAAACAAGAGGAGCCUCAGAGCUCUGCGUGUGCUCAGACGCUUUCGCAGUUCGCAUGCCUGACACUUUAUAAACCCUGACCCUCACUAACAAGCGCAGGUAGGAUAAUACACCUCAUUAGUUAGACGAUCACAGAGUGUUUUCAUGUAGACAGAAAUAACGGACAGGAGUGAAUCUUGAAGUUUUUUUUACCCCGACAGAAGCAGGAAGCAACAUUUUCCAGUUUUCUGUCACAGAAGAAUAAAGACGUUAACUUCAGCGAACAGAAACAGCAGUAUUAUAUUUUUACAAACAGGAACUCUCUUCAUGUUAAAUAUAUGAGAGUCACACAGAUAUUUGCCCAACAGGAUAGAAACUCUGGUGAUGAUGUUUAAUCAUGAACCUGACUGAACACAAACAGACUUAAUAUUGAUGCUCGAACCUUCAGGAAGUGGAGACCUCACAGAGAAAGACUCCAUCAAAUCAUCUCCACGUCAGAUCUUAGAAGCAGCUUUCAGACACGCCCUCAUGACAGGAUGAUUGUUCCUGUGAAGGUGCAGACAGGAGGAGUGUGUGUGUGUGUGUGUGUGUGUGUGUGUGUGUGUGUGUGUGUGUGUGUGUGUGUGUGUGUGUGUUUUAAGAAGCUUUACUCUUCAUACAUAACCAUAAUCUUCAGACUCUACACACCCUCAGCGCUGGGCCAGUACCGGUUCUCCCAGUCCAGUCUCCAGUUUGUCUCCUGACACUUUUACAGCCUCAGUUUUCAGCUGUUGUCACUCUGGGGAGGAUUUACUCUCUAAACUUCUCAGCUGUAGUUGAAAACUUGACGCUGGUCAGGAAAAUCUCCUUUAGUUUGAAUUUUCUCUUCAGUAUGCCUGAAGUAACUUUGGCCUUUCUCACAGACAAAGACAAGAAGAAGUGAUGGAUGAAGACGUGAUCUUUUAAUUUAGGCAGAGUUUUCUUUAAGGCUUUGCAGCUUGCACUGAAAUGUUUUUAAAUGUUUUCACGUUGAACCCUGAAAUAGUCCUGAACCUUCAUUUAACACCAAAGUGUCUGAUUUCAUGUUUUUCUCUGUUUUUGAUUUGAGAUGUGAAGUAAUUGAUCGGUGCAGACCUCACCCUAAAAUAAAUGUGUCUCCUUCAAGUGUUCAUCA